AUGCUCAAAAUUGCGGUGCUGCUCGCGACGGUUCACGUGAGCAUCGAAAUUGUCGACGCGAUGACAAUCAAUGGAACAACGAGCCUAGGCCUUCUCCAACUCGACGACUUCUUCUAUCCGCUGCCGACGCUCGUUCAGAAUCCCAACGUUCGUGUGAAAGUCGGCAACAAGCGAAGCGGCGAUGAUUGCACCGAUGAGAUGCUCAGACGGGUGAUGCACGAUCACAUCAGCGAGGACGGAAUGACGCAGUCGAAGCGGGCGGUGCACAGCGCCGCGAAACGCGACUUCGAAGGCAGCUGGAGUGUGAUUUGCGCGCCGUGCGCGUUCUCCUAUCUGGCUCACACCCAGGACUACUGUAUUCACACAAGAUACGGUAUCACUUGUUUACUGUACCGCGAUGGUUAA